AUGCUCCCAGCUAGUUGCGGGUUACGUCGUGUAGCGUUACUUUUCAUUCAUCAUCCCUCCGGUACUAAUGCGUUCCAGCCUUCAAGGCUACGAGUGCGUUUGCAUAGUUCACGAACACUAUCAUCUGUCCUGCUAAAUCAUUCGCGAGGAAUACAGACUAGCAAUCAAAACCUUGCCAAACGAGAUUAUUAUGAGAUUCUUGGUUUGAAAAAGGGGGCCAGUGCAAAAGAAAUCAAAAAGGCUUAUUAUCAGCUUGCAAAAAAAUAUCAUCCGGAUGUGAACAAGGAAAAAGAUGCAAAUGUGAAGUUUCAAGAAGUUUCAGAAGCAUAUGAAGUGCUUAGUGACGACACAAAACGCGCUCAGUAUGACCAGUUUGGUGCAGGGCCUUUCUACCAACAGUCUCCCGAUGCCGGUCAGCAGUCACGUACUGCUGAUGGGUGGCAUUAUCAGUCCACUGUGGAUCCUGAAGAACUUUUUCGUAAGAUGUUUGGUGGUAGGAACCCAUUUGCAAAUUUUGCUGGGUUUGGAGACGAUUUUGCAGAGACCGCUCACGGUUACGACUCGUCCCAGCAACAUGUUAUGAAUAUUACUUUUGAGGAAGCGGCUCGAGGAGUAACGAAGAAUGUAACACUGAAUGUGAUUGAAGAUUGCCCGACCUGCAAAGGCAAAGGAGUACAACCAGGAUAUAAAAAAGUAUCCUGUCCAUACUGCAAUGGGACUGGCUUUAUAGCGCAGCAGAUGGGAGGGUUUUUUAUGCAAACUUCUUGUUCUCGGUGUAGAGGGACCGGUUAUUACAACAAAAACCCAUGUUUGGAUUGCGAGGGACAUGGACGUUCUGUUCAAAGAAAAUCUGUUUCUGUUAAUAUCCCUGCUGGUAUUAAUGAUGGCGAGAGUGUACGCUUGAAUGUUGGAAGAUCUGUCGUCUACAUCACCUUCAAAGUUGCUCCAUCACUUCGCUUCAGAAGGGACAAGUAUGACAUCCACUGCGAUGUGGAGAUAUCAGUUGCGCAAGCUGUGCUGGGAGGCACUGUGAAGGUCCCUGGGAUUGAACAGGAUACUUAUAUUCAAAUCCCACCUGGUACAAAUUCACACACUCGUAUGAGGCUUACUGGGAAGGGUAUCAAAAGAUUGGAUUAUGCAGGACAUGGUGACCAAUACAUCAAUAUCAAGAUCAAAGUACCGAAGGCUCUGACACAGAAGCAGAAAGCUUUGAUGCAAGCCUGGGCAGAAUUGGAGGCAGAUGUAUCCGGAACAGUCCAUGGCAUAAAGAAUACAGUAGACGACCCAGUCCGUAGGAGCAGUUUCAAAACUAAUCCUAAAAGAUCUGAUGUACGGGAGGAGAAAAAUUAUAAGGAGAAGACGAGUAACGGAGGGGGCUCAAAGAACGAUAGCCUUUUGAAACGUUUGAAAGAUGCAAUUUUAGGAUUAAAAGGUUACGGUUCUACCAGCAGGCAGCUGUAG